CACAGUUACCGCACCUGGCCUGCACAAUUUUUGUGAAGCAAUGAGACACUAGAAUUUGGUUACAGUACGAUUACGGUCACAGUACAGUACCGUCCCGGCGUUUCCCACUCAUACGAAAGUGACUCUAUGUAUCUAUAACUACGUAAAGUAAACUACACAUUGGGAUACCUGUGUGUCGGCUAUGAACGGAAAACUCAUUAUAAAGUCAGUUUUAAGUURUGCUGUCAAGCUUGAUUUACCAUGUAUAUAUAGAAAAUAAAUAUUACCUCAAGGGCAUAACAAGAUCAACAAUCUUUAUUGUUUCCGCUGAAGUACACCUUCGCCAACUAACAUAUGACCUCGAAUCUAGAAAACGACUCGAGUCGUGAUAUCAAGGAGCUUGACAUCGACGAGCUCACGGAAGAUGAAUAUUCUGAAAAAUUUUACCGACCAAAUUUUAACAGACUACAAAGCGAAAACAAGGAUCAAAUCCGGGACGACAAUCCCAAAGAGCAUGCGCAAUUUGGCCCUCAAAAGGAUAUCUCAAAGCUGACUAACUCUGUUCCUCAAGAGAACGAUGUCCCUAAAUCGACAGGAGUACGCUUUUCCAUCGACAACCCAAGCUAUGUCCGCGAUGAAGAACCUGCAGAACAACCGGCUCCCACGCAAGAGAACAUUCCUGAAAUUUCAAAGUAUAAACCCCCAAUGAAGGAUGAUAUUACAUUCACAGCGCGGACAAGACCCAGCAGAAGAUGUUUAUGGAUUAUAAUUGUAAUACUGUCAAUCUUGCUCGCUACAAUGACAGGUUUAUUCAUCUGGAGGAUGAUCUGCUAUCAAAACAAAGAAGUCCAAAAAACAGUCUUCAAAAAUGUAGAGACAACCCAAAAGCCUGCAGUUCAAAGCGGCUGUAUUUCCUUGCCAAGCUCCAUCGACCUUCCAACGRUACCUGCCAAUAUACAAAAAGAACUUCAGGAUUUCAAGACGUAUUUAAGUGAAGCAGUUGAUAAAAACCAAACGGUUGCCGURAGCGCUAAUGUUGUCUAUAGAGAUAAAGUUAUCAUGGAAGGAGCCUUUGGAAUAAUGAACAAAGCAGAAAAGCCAACAAGAUCUCCGACAGUCAACACAGUUUAUCCAUGCGCUUCGCUUUCAAAAGUAUUAACGGCUUUGAUGUGGUUUAAGCAAGUCAAUGACAAGAAGGCCCGUUCUCUCAUUGAAGAUACAGUAGCUCAAUACGAAGACAAAUUUGAUGUAAACAAUCCUUUUAAUGACAACAAGAUUACUUUCUGGCAACUAGCAACACAAACAUCAGGAUUACAACGAGAAGCGCCAUGUUAUCCAAGCACWGCUACYAAUCUAUGUCCRCAUGACUACAACACUAUGAUGAAUAGAACCAAGAACUUGACGUUGCUUCAGGCGCCAGGAAAAAUUGCCCAGUAUAG